CUGAGAUCGCGUGGUUUGGAAACGCAUGUCUAUUGUCUAAACAACGCAAAUUACAGAGGCCCAGUUUUGUUACGGACAUUUUUUGGUGGAGGAAAUCAUCGGAUUGUACCUACAAGGCUACAACUUGCGUGAAUCGAUUUGAAAUGUUGUGCCUAAACAAUCAGAGCAAAAUAAAAAUGAGGCUAAAUAUUCAACGACAUCGACAAAAACUUCUUCAGUAUUUACAGAACUCUGGUGAUACUAUUUUAAAACCUAAAAUCAAAUUAGUUUCAAAUAGUUUAGAAAAAAUUAUUUUCAAGCACGAUGUAAAACCAAAAAUUGCUCUAAGUACUGAAUUACUAAACAGAAAACUUAAACCAACCAAGAUUAGAAACCAUAAAACUAUAUCAACUGAUACCCUGGAUCAACUUCAACCAAACAUUAAAGUAAAUGUAGAAGCUGAACUGCCUUCAUCAAAUAUUGAGUUGAAACAAAGAUCUAUAUCAAACAAUGAAAUAAUAGAUCCUCUUGAUCCUCCUAAACCUAUGAUAAAAAAACUUAAAGAGCAAUUGAUCGAAGAGCUAUAUAACAGUAGUUCAGAAUCAGAAGAUAUUGAUGAUGACAUUUCUGUUGGAAGUAAUGAAAAUUGGAGUGAAAUCCCUGAUGAAGCAGUUAAAUAUUAUGAACAAGAACAACCGGUCGAUGAAAAAAAUAAAGGACUAUAUUCGUAUUACCUGAACUCCAGUAAGAAAAAUCAGACCAGAAAAUCUCAACAUAAAAGUAAUAAGUCUGAUCAGAGGUUUAGAAAACCCCAUGAUAGGUCUUUACAUAAUGCCAAAGAACGAGCAUGUCGAGAAGAAAUAGCCAAAAAAUUUGAUAUUCUAAGAAAAUAUUGUAGUUACUUGAACUCAAAUAGACGUGUGCCAUCAAAACAUAGCAUACUUUUAGCUGCCAAAAAAGAGUGCGAUUUGUUAAAACAUUUUGAAAAUAAAUUGAUCGCAGAAAAAAAGGAAUUAUGUAAAGCAAACAAUCUUCUAAAGGAGAGGAUAUCUAAUAUCAAUAAUAAAAACUCCAAAGACGACAUAAAAAUAGAAUUAGAAAUUUAGACUGAUUAUGUAUUGCUGGACAAAACAGGGACAUAUUGUGGUAAUUUUGUAAAUGUAUAAAUUAAACACAAUGUAUCAACUAUUCUGAUCAACUAAUUAUUUAUUUUAAUUGGUAUAAAAAAAAAUAUGUAUAUUAUUUUGAUAAUAGUUUAUAAAUAUAUUAAAUGUAUUAUUAUGUUAUAUCUAGGGCCUGGAUUCCAAUGCAAAGUGCAUA